CUUUUCCUUUAAGGAGGGAAACAGGAAGUGCAUCAUUAAUUAACUCACACUGCCUGUGUUGCUGCUGCUGCUGCUCAGAUAUAUGUAUCAGCUGCUGGAGUCAGUCAGUUUCUCUCUCGGCCUGGAGAACACUACAACCUCCAUCUUUGAGCCGACCCUGAAACAAGACGAUGGGUAAUUUUUUGAGUGAAGAAAGGGAGCGUAUGAAGCAGAUUGAGAGGGAACGACUGGAACGUUUUCUGAAGCAGCUUGACAAGGGUCCAGAUCUGAGAGUCAGCAGGAGCAUCAAGAUGUUCACCAGUCUUGAGUCUUCAGACAACCUGAGGCAACACUACGAGACGAGGAAAAUGGAGGCGGGUGAUGUCGCUGCAGACUUGAUCAAGAACCUGGUGGACAAGCUGGCUGGCUUGGAGACAGCUCCUCAACUGGCGGGCCUCGGAGCGCUGGCUGUCGCCGUCUUCAUCGAUGUCAUUACCUUCAGUCCACCUGAGGAGAGCACGAAGGACGCUCUGCGAUGUGUGUUUGCUGAGGAGAAAGCGUCUGAGGUCUGGGACCAGAUCGACGAGUGCCUGAAGAGAUGCAUGAUGCACAUCAACGACGACGACGAACUGAGGAGCAACAUCAGCCGGAUCGAGUGCCAGCUGAGCGCCGCCCUCACCAAGCUGAAGAACUCCAUGGUGAAGGACGGACACAUGACGUCUCCGGCUCUGAAGGCCUGGGUGAACGGGGCAGCCUUCCACGUCCAGAUGCUGAUUCACCUGGUGAGACUCAGAGGGAUUCAAACCUGCGACCCUGUGGAGAGAAUCCUCUCAGUAUACCAGAGCGACAUUGACCCGCUGUUCAGGAAGCACAAGGAGAUGAUCGAGGAAAAGUCUUCCAUGAAACGGAUGACUCACGUCUUGGUCCCUGAAGGUAAAUUUUAUGUGGAUGAAGAUUCAAAACUCUAUGAUAUGCAUCCUUUCGGCAGCUAUGACGAAUACUUUGAGGCGUAUUAUGAGCACAGAUACAGCAGGCAGUGGUGUGAGAUUCAGCAGUACUUCAGUGAAGUCAGACAGAACCUGCAGCAGCUGGUCGAUCAGAGAGGCUCCUUUAAUGUCUGAUGAGAGGCUGAUAAAUCUGAAGACAGACACCACAGGGACCGAAGGAUGUGACCAGUUUGAAUCGGACUUGUCUCAUGGAUGUUUUGAUUUGGACCUGGGGCUGUCCACAUACUUAUGACCACAUAGUGUUUAUUUGGUGAGUUGAAUAAAGACACAUAAAGAAGAAGUGAUGCAGUAAAGUCACAUCAGUCUGUUGUAUGAAGUCAUGUGUGAUAUUUACAGUGAUGCAGAACAUGUCAUUAAUAAUCAAUGAAGAAUCAUUCUCAAUAUUUCUGUGGACGCUGCAUGUUUGUUCUCAUGUUUGGUUCAGACAGAACAGGAUGUUGAUUCAUCACAACUGACCUGAACCAUUAAAGGGACAUUUCACCCCAAAACCAAAAAUGCAUAUUUUUCAUUUAAAGGCAGAUUAAUCGUGUGUCGGCUUUAACCCUUUUUAAACAUUUAUACUUGUGCGGUGGUGUGUCUGUGUCAGUGUCCACUAUUGGGGGGCAGAGUUUCUGUGAAGUGAUGUAAAGUUUAGUUGAUUCAAAACGCACAUUAACAGAGACAAUCUCAUUUUCACUCUUCUUGUUCGUGCAAACAGUUCAAAUAACCACAAGAAGUUUGUGCUC